GCGAGAGGCUUCUUCUGCAGCAUUUGAGCGUUCACGUACGCGCGCGCGGCUCACGGGGAUGCGACCACGAAUUUAACACCACUGUUACUGCACUGAAAUUACACCGAAACGCAGUUUGUCACAGCCAAUAAAUAGAUUGUUAAGAACGUGAAUUGCCAUGACUGAGCAGCAGAGGCAGCGCACCCUCUCCACUUCUGGAGAAUCCCUCUAUCAUGUGUUGGGUGUCGACAAACUGGCCACUAACGAUGACAUCAAGAAGUCUUACAGGAAACUGGCCCUGAAAUACCACCCCGACAAGAACCCAGACAAUCCCGAGGCAUCGGACAAGUUUAAAGAGAUCAACAAUGCCCAUGCCAUCCUGAAUGACCCUACCAAGCGCAACAUUUAUGACAAGUACGGCUCCCUGGGGCUCUACGUAGCUGAGCAGUUUGGAGAGGAGAACGUCAACACUUACUUUGUCCUGUCCAGCUGGUGGGCCAAGGCGCUCUUUGUGUUCUGCGGCUUGGCUACAGGUUGCUACUUCUGCUGCUGCCUGUGUUGUUGCUGUAACUGCUGCUGUGGAAAGUGUAAACCACGGCCACCUGAGGGACAGGACCAGGAAUUCUACAUCUCUCCUGAAGACCUGGAGGCUCAGCUGCAGUCUGACGAGAGAGAGGCUGGUGGAGGUGAGCCCAUUGUCCUGCAACCGUCAGCCACAGAGACCACCCAGCUAACAUCCGACGGCCACCACACCACCUACCGGACCGACACCGGCUUCAACUAAUACCGUCUCUCCCCAGCUGCCAUUCUUCUCCCUCCCCGAGUCUGAGGAAUGAGCAGAGGAGCAACUCCAACUUUAAAAGAAAAAGCCACCAUUGGCAGGGAGAAAAGCCAGUGAGAGUGGAACACAAGCUGAGCUCUUUCAGGCAUUCCCACCCGUUUCUCAUAUCCACCACCAUCACCAUUCUUCCAGAGUGGCAUACAUUCACCUCAGUGUAGCUUGAAAAUAAGGAGUUUAUUGAAAAAUAUUUUCUCUCUUGUUGUACUGUCUUUUUGGCCUUUGACUUCCAGACUUGCCUUUCCAUCAGCCUCUUCUCCAGCCAGAUUUGUUCACUGUCCUGUAGCAUGCACUGUUCCUCAAUCAGUAGUUGAGGUUAAACUCAGUAAAGUCUGUUUAUGUGCAUUGAUUUUUCUCACAUUCAGGAGUUUAUGAUGGAGAUUCUUGUUGAAAUGAUGUACUUGACUUGCAUGUGUCUAUAAGAAAAGCCACAUUUUUUCCAUUGUUUUUUUUUUCCCCCCCAGCAUUGCAUGCUUUCAUUCUUCCUAUUGCACUUCUGGGGGGACAGAAAUCGGACACACCGUGGGUUAAAUCAAUAGUUUUAAGCCCUGGUAUAUAAUAUACUGAACACUCUUUGUUAACUGUCUACACUACAACUGUGUUAAUUGUCUUAAUGGUCUGAUCCUACACACUAAGUUCAGUUGUAUUCUUUAGCAUCACUAUUUUCCCCCUAAGUCAUUUGAGUUUAUUAGAGAAAAGUGAUGCAAAUCUAAGCAAAGGAUGCUUGCCAAACAUAAUGUUUCCAAAAUAUAUUUUCUUAAUAUUUAUUUAUUCCAUCUGGAUUUUAAAUAGUGUGGUGAAGUGUUUUAAAUGGAUGAGCCAAAAUAAGUAUGUAUCAGUCGCUAAUCAGAAGUCGUGCAGUGUCGUGUAGAGGUGCGUAGUAGCCGGAUCAGGCUAUGGGGCCUUGGCUUCGUAGCAUGUUCUGAUUCUUAGCACCGGCCUAGUUAUUUACCUUUGCCUUGAUAACGUCCCUGUAUUCACAUUUUAAGGGAUUUAAACAUAUUCUGAAAUGUGAAACACAUUUUGUUUCAUCGUAUCAGACUAUACAACCCCAAUAUGUAUGUAAAGAGGAAAGGAAAAAAAUGUUUUUAUAUAGAUAUACAAUGUACACACCCUGUGUGUAUGUACAGUGUAUGUAUAUUUUGUGCAUUUUUACUUUGUAAUUGUAGGCUCGUAUUUAUUGCAGCGUGUUCUUGCUCAUGGUGAUGUGUGACAAUGGUUUAUUAGAGUUCAUCUCCCCUCAGCGUUUGCGCCAAGAGAUCAUGGUGGUUGUGAACGAAUUACCUGUUUUAGAUGGAAGUUGUUUAUUCAGCCAAAAAAAGUGGCUUUCACUGCAACAUGUUCUUUAGAUUUAAAAUAGGAUAAGGAUUUAAUAUUAGCAGUGUUCUAAGAAUUUCAAUAACUAAUUGUGUACAAUGACAUGAGACAUCCAUCUGAACACCUUUACACUCUCUCUGUGAUAACUGUUUAAAGCAGCAUGUUUCGGUGUUUUAAUUUUAUCAUCAUGCUAUUGUAUUAUCAUUUCCUUUUUCGUACGCCAAUUGCAGUGAGAUGUCCGUCGGCGGUGACGGACUGUAUUUCACCCCUGCACAUAUUAUGUGGUAAAUGAAAGUAAAAGUAAAAUGUUUUUACCAUUUGUGCUCUGAGCCAAGGUGAGUCAUUUGUCUAUAAUACCAAUUAAUGUAAUGCUUUUUCUUUUUUUAUAAUUGUUUUAUUUUCUUAAUACAUGGACAGGGCGAUUUUAAAAAAUAACACACAACACUAUCCCAAGGAUACACAACAUUUCUUCUUUACUGCAAAGGACAUAUGUAUUUUUUAAAUCAUCUUGCUAUAGAUACAUUUGUAGGUAUUGUUUUGUCUAAAGCUCCUAUUUGGAUUCUCAUGGUUGCGGUAAAAUAAAUCACAGGUUUAAAGUUGCCAUAAAUGUGACUAGUCAUAAUGCCAAUCUGCGUAUAAUAUCUACAUCACAUUCAUACUUUUUUUUUUUACACCCUUAUCACCUGCCAAACAUGCAACCUACAUUCAGUGGGUUGUGCUACAUUUUGUGGCUUAUGUAACACUGCACUAUCCACAUCACCAGCCUUGUUCAAUCGUAUUUCUUUGGCUUUUAUAGGCUAAAACCAUCAGAGUUGUAUACACCGAGUUUUUGACCACAGUCUUCUGCAGAUGGAUAUUCUGUGUGUCUGACAUGUUCCCUGCUUGUGUUUCCCUGCUCUUGAUGGCUUUUGAUUGUAGUUUGCAUCUGUGGUCAUUCCCUGUGCAUUUCCCUCCUCUCCACAAUAUUACACUGGUUUGCCUGUUAUGAGUUUUAAAUCAAAAUGUUGGAAAAUGCAAAGUUUAAUUUAAAUGCAAUGAAUUAACAUGGGCAGGACAGAGUUCCUUAAAAUGUGUGUAAUUAUUGUGAAAUGGUAAUCUGUUGUUUUUCUAUUUUAUUUAUGACCUUAUUUUGUCAUGUUUUUAAAGACUGUCCUUGUUUCAGAAGGUAUGUUAUUUGGAUGUGGCUGUGAAACUAUGCUACUCUUAGUUAAAUGGUCAAGGUCUCAUGUACAUACACAGAAUAAUGGAGUAUAACUAUAGACCUUUAUGUUGUAGCAUGGUUAUUGUCUGUCCAAAAGAAAACAUAUUGAUCUGAUUUGCUGGUGUAAAAAAAAAAAUAAAUGUUUAUGAACAUG